GCAUGCUUCUUCAUCUCCUUCUGCUAGACGAGAACAUGUCCGAACACUUACUGUGCUUUUACACUCAUCAGAAAUGUAGAUUAUCUUGCAUCAUGUCUAAAAAAAGACUCUCAUGCUAAGUCUUUCACACCAAAAAUAUCUUUAAAGUUCACACUCGAAACUGACAAAUAUAUCAUUUUUAAACUACUUUGAACGAACUACUUGCAAUAUAUUCACCGUUUUGGGGGGUGUAUUACGUUUGUCUGUGCGUUGUCUUGCUGCUCUUACAGAGCAUGAUCGAAGACACAAAUAUUUUAUUUUGAAAUGAACAAAGCUUGCACUUCCGGUUGUGGUGUCCGUUUGCAAGUAGCAGCCUAAGAAGUCCCCUCUGCUCUCCUCUGUUAUGUCAGACCUUUUGCAAUAAAUCUGACGUGAAAAUGCCACAGAGUUUGGUAUUUUAUUUGCAAACCAAACUAAUUUUGGAGACUGUUAUUCGCGGUUCUCUGAACUUACUCAGACCUACGAAAGAGGACACUUCCACGGAUCAAUCAUGUUUGAGAGUGAAGCCAGGAUUGGACAAAGUGGUGGACACGUUGGCUCGGGAGGCCAGCAGAAAGAUCGACGCCGUUUUCCAGCAGCUGUUUGCGGCGGAGAACAAGGAGAAGCUGGCACUUAGGGACAAGGUGUGUCAGCUGGAGUGCGAGCUGAAGGCCCUGACAGACAACUUUGACAAUGCCAGAACGUGGAGAGAAAAUGUUUUGAAUGGAUGCCCUGUGCUGAACGAGCAGACCGGAUGGAUCUUCACCUUGAAGCCCUUUGGGACGCUGGUCAAAUCAGCUGAGGAAGAGUCAGCGGCUGCUGAUGGAGACGGUGGACAGGAUGAAGAUGUUGCAGACCAGACUGAGGAGGUGACAUCAUCGUCCAGCAGACCAGAAGCAGGUGAUGUCGUCACGACCCUGCCCACUGAGUGUCUCCAAGCUGCGGUCCAGAAGAAGGUCUUUGAAUGUGACGUGUGCAGCAAGAGCUUCAGCCGCCAGCUUCACCUGACGAAGCACGCGGACACCCACAAGGAGCCCUCCACCUGUCCCCGCUGCCCCAGGACCUUCCGCAACGCAGCCACGUUGGAGCGCCACCUGCUGCGGCACGAGGAGAGGGAGCGGCAGAGCUUCGCGUGCGCGAUCUGUGAGAAGGCGUUCAAGAGCAAGAUGCUCCUCAAGUCCCACGAACUGGUCCACCGAGACGCCCGGCCCUUCGCCUGCGCCACCUGCGGCAAGGCCUUCAAGAGCCGCCAGCGCCUACAGGCCCACUGCGUGGUCCACAGCGCCGACAAACCGCACAAGUGCGAGGAGUGUGGCGAGGGCUUCCGCUACGCCGUGGCGCUGCGCGGCCACCGUAGCGUCCACACAGGCGAGUAUCCUCACAAGUGCGGCGUGUGUGGCAAGGCCUUCGCCAAGAAGCGCUCGCUGGGCACGCACAUGGCCGUGCACCGGGGGAAGAUGUUCACGUGCGAGACGUGCGGCGCCGGCUUCACACUGCGGCAGAACCUCAAGCGGCACUCCCGCAUCCAUACAGGAGAGCGUCCGUUCAAAUGCCACGUGUGCGGCGUGAGCUUCGUGCAGGACAAGCUGAAAGCCCACAUGCUGCUCCACGGCGCAUCCAAGACCUUCAUGUGCGACCUCUGUGGAAAGACUUUCCUCUACAACUGCCAGCUCCAGAAGCACCAGCAGCUGGUCCACCUACCGGGGGACGGCCACGGCCAGGCGGCGCGCAGGCGGGCAGGUGCGCGUGCGUCCCGCACGGUAAUCUUCCGGCGGGACAGGACCACAGUGGAGGUGACGCCCUUCACCUGCCAGACUUGCCAGCGGGGCUUCCACUCGGCGGCCUCCCUCAAGAAACACGAGCAGGUGCACGCGGGCCGCACGCCGUACACCUGCCACGUGUGCGGCAAGGCCUUCCUCUACAAAGCCACCUUCGACUACCACCUGAGGACGCACUCGGGGGAGCGGCCCUAUGCCUGCGACGUGUGCGGCAAGACCUUCAUCAUCCAGCACGCCCUCAAGUCGCACAAACUGCAGCACACGGGCGAGAAGCCUCACAGGUGCGAGCAUUGCGGGAAGGCCUUCCGGGUCUACACCAACUACCGCCGACACCUGAGGAUCCACACGGGCGAGAAGCCGUACCAGUGCGAGGUGUGCGGCGUGCGCUUCCGGCAGCUCGGCCACGUCAAGUUCCACAUGCAGGUGCACACGGGGGAGCGGCCCUACGUCUGCCACACCUGUGGGCUCGGCUUCUCCGACUCCAGGCAGCUCAAGAGACACGACUGCGCCCAGAACGUGCUGGUGACCUCGUACACGUGACUCAAUAUUUUUUCUAAGGCUGGCAAAUAAUUCAUCAAAUUUUGGAAUUUGGAUUAAUCAUGAUAAAUCACAUUUUAGAAUUAGGAUUAAUCAUGAUUAAUCACAUUUUGGAAUUUGCUCAACAGAAACGCCUGCGCCCAAAAUGCGCUGCUGACCUCGUACACGUGACUCAAUAUUUUUACUAAGGCUAGCAAAUAAUUCAGCAAAUUUUGUAAUUUGGAUUGAUCAUGGUAAAUCACAUUUUAGAAUUUGGAUUAAUCAUGAUUAAUCACAUUUUGGAAUUUGCUCAACAGACACGCCUGCGCCCAAAAUGCGCUGCUGACCUCGUACACGUGACUCAAUAUUUUUACUAAGGCUGGCAAAUAAUUCAUAACAUUUUGGAAUUUGGAUUAAUCAUGAUAAAUCACAUUUUAGAAUUUGGACCAAAGACAUGCACCUGGGGAUAAGUUGAUUGGCAACACUAAAUUGGUCCUAGUGUGUGAAUGUGAGUGUGAAUGUUGUCUGUCUAUCUGUGUUGGCCCUGCGAUGAGGUAGCGACUUGUCCAGGGUGUACCCCGCCUUCCGCCUGAUUCUAGCUGAGAUAGGCGCCAGCGCCCCCCGCGACCCCAAAAAAGGGAAUAAGCGGUAGAAAAUGGAUGGAUGGAUGGAUGGAUGGAUGGAUUAAUCAUGAUUAAUCACAUUUUGGAAUUUGCUCAACAGACACGCCUGCGCCCAAAAUGCGCUGCUGAUCUCGUACACGUGACUCAAUAUUUUUACUAUGGCUGGCAAAUGAUUAUUCACAUUUUGGAAUUUGGAUUAAUCAUGAUAAAUCACAUUUUAGAAUUUGGAUUAAUCAUGAUAAAUCACAUUUUAGAAUUUGGAUUAAUCACAUUUUGGAAUUUUGAUAAUCAUGAUUAAUCCCAUUUUGGAAUUUGGAUUAAUCAUGAUUAAUCACAUUUUGGAAUUUGCUGAAGAGACACGCCUGCACCCAGAACGUGCCGGUGACCUCAUACACGUGACUCAAUUUUUUACUAGGUCUGGCAAAUGAUUAUUCACAUUUUGUAAUUUGGGUUAUUCAUGAUAAAUCACAUUUUGGAGUUUGGAUUAGUCAUGAUUGUUCACAUUUUGAAAUUUGAGUUAAUCAUGAUUAAUCUCAUUUAGGAAUUUAGAUUAAUCAUGAUUAAUCACAUUUUAGAAUUUGGAUUAAUCAUGAUUAAUCACAUUUUGGCAUUUGGAUUCAUCAUGCUAAUCACAUUUUGGAAUUUAGACUCAUCACGAUAAAUCAAAUUUUGGAAUUUGGAUUAAUCAUAACAAAUCACAUUUGGGAAUUUGGGUUAAUCGUGAUUAAUCACGUUUGGGAAUUUUGAUUAAUCAUGAUUAAUUGCAUUUUGGAUUAAUCACAUUUUGGAAUUGGGUUUAAUUCCAGGCAUGUAUUCUAAAAUUGUCCCAAAACCUCCAUAAGUGUACACAAACUAAAUGUAAUUGUCAGAAUGUUACCCAGGAACGUUUUACUUGGACACAUGUCAUUUUGGGGUGAAAUGUGCCAGCGAGCACACAAGUCGGAGUCUCCUCACUCAUUUUUGUAGCGACAUAUGCAUUGAUCUGAUCAUUGACCGUAUUACAGUUAAGGUAAAAGAGCUUGUACAUACAAGAAAAAAUGCAUAAUUAAUCUCAAGUGUGUACAUGAUUAAUGCAAUAUUUUUUGAUUAAUCACAUGAGUUAACUCAAUAAUGUUGACAGCCCUAAUAUAAAUAUGAUGCUUACGCUCACAUCCUAAUAAAUGAAACUUGAUAUUU